GAGUGCCAGAAAGUGAAGUCAAAUUGGGACUUGUGGGCGACCUGGCUGAAGAUGCAGCUGAGAGAGAAGACGGAGGGUGGUGGUAGCUGCACGUGGGAAGUGGUUGACAUCUCCCAGGGGGAAUUAACACGAGGCCCAGGACGGAAAACCCAAACUCAGUUUUUAAGGUUUGGACAAGAAGUGCCUGAGGACUGGAGGAGGAGUGAGAAAGAAAUGCCAGAGAGUCUGGGGAGGAAAAUCAGCGGAGUGGCAUUAUGAAUAGAGUUGUCAGAAGUAGGGAGUCCGCGCUAGUCACGUAAGAUAAGGACCUGAAUUCUGCCCAACGCACUAUUAUGUGGUAUACUUGUUACAUGUCCUGAGGAUCCACUGAGGUUUUUAGAGGGAAUGAUCAUGGUUAUAAUCAAAAGUGGUCUUCAGAAUCUUCUUUGAUGACUCCAGAAUUGAUGAUAAAAGCAUGUAGCUUUUAUACUGGACAUUUAGUAAAGACUCAUUUUUGCACUUGGAGAGACAUCACUCGUACAAAUGAAAAUCUUGUCCUGGCUGAUAAAAUGAACAGAGCAGUGACAUGGUACAGUUUCAGACUUCAAAAAUCUGUAUUUCAUCACUGGCACUCUUAUAUGGAAGACCAGAAAGAAAAACUUAAAAAUAUGGUAUUGCGGAUACAACGGAUCAUCUGUUGUCACAAGCUAACUGUUAUUCUAACAAAAUGGCGGAAUACAGCAAGAUACAAGAAUAAAAAGAAAGAAGAUGAGCUGAUAUCAAAACAUGAGCUUCAAUUGAAAAAAUGGAGAAAUAGGUUACUACUCAGAGGAGCUUCUGCAGAAAAAUCCAAUUUUCCUGAACAAAGUUCUUCUGAAGUCUCUCUUGUAGAUGAGACUCUAGAAUGUGACAUUUCACAGUUACCUGAAAGAGCAAUAUUGCAGAUUUUCUUCUACCUCAGUUUAAAAGAUGUUAUAAUAUGUGGUCAAGUUAAUCAUGCCUGGAUGUUGAUGACACAGCUAAGCUCACUGUGGAAUGCUAUUGACUUUUCCACAGUGAAACAUAUGAUUCCAGAUAAAUAUAUAGUGUCUACUUUGCAAAGGUGGCGUUUAAAUGUGCUGUGUUUGAAUUUUCGUGGUUGUCUUCUCCGACCCAAAACUUUCAGAUCUGCCGGCCACUGUAGGAACUUGCAAGAGUUGAAUGUCUCUGACUGCCCAACAUUCACAGAUGAAUCAAUGAGACACAUUUCUGAGGGCUGUCCAGGGGUCUUGUAUCUCAAUCUGUCUAACACAACUAUCACCAACAGGACAAUGCGACUCCUGCCGAGGCACUUCCACAACUUACAGAAUCUUAGUUUGGCUUAUUGCAGAAGGUUCACAGACAAAGGCUUACAGUACCUGAACCUGGGGAAUGGAUGCCACAAGCUCAUCUAUCUGGACCUCUCCGGCUGCACCCAGAUUUCAGUCCAAGGCUUCAGGUACAUUGCAAACAGCUGUACUGGAAUUCUUCAUCUUACCAUUAAUGACAUGCCAACUCUGACGGACAACUGUGUAAAAGCUUUAGUUGAAAAGUGCUCUCAUAUUACAUCGAUGGUUUUCACUGGUGCACCGCAUAUCUCUGAUUGUACUUUCAAAGCUCUGUCUACUUGUAAACUCAGAAAGAUCCGAUUCGAAGGAAAUAAAAGGAUUACUGAUGCAUCCUUCAAAUUUAUAGACAAGAAUUAUCCAAAUCUCAGUCACAUUUACAUGGCUGACUGCAAGGGAAUAACAGACAGCAGCCUCAGGUCCCUUUCACCUUUGAAGCAAUUGACUGUGUUGAAUUUGGCAAACUGUGUAAGAAUUGGUGAUGUGGGACUAAGGCAAUUUCUUGAUGGUCCUGCAAGCAUAAGGAUAAGAGAGCUAAAUUUAAGCAACUGUGUGCAGCUAAGCGAUGUCUCUGUUAUGAAACUAUCUGAACGCUGCCCUAAUUUAAACUACUUGAGUUUACGAAAUUGUGAACAUUUGACUGCCCAAGGAAUUGCAUAUAUUGUAAACAUCUUUUCGUUAGUAUCAAUAGAUCUCUCUGGAACAGAUAUCUCUAAUGAGGGUUUGAGUGUACUUUCCAGACAUAAAAAAUUGAAGGAACUUUCUGUAUCUGCAUGUUAUAGAAUCACUGAUGAUGGAAUUCAGGCAUUCUGCAAAAGCUCACUGAUUUUGGAACGUUUGGAUGUCUCUUAUUGCUCCCAGCUGUCAGAUAUGAUUAUCAAAGCAUUGGCCAUUUACUGCAUUAACCUCACAUCUCUCAGCAUUGCUGGCUGUCCAAAGAUUACUGACUCAGCGAUGGAGAUGUUAUCGGCAAAAUGCCAUUACCUGCACAUUUUGGAUAUCUCUGGUUGUGUCUUGCUUACUAAUCAAAUCCUUGAGGACCUUCAGAUAGGCUGUAAACAACUCCGGAUCCUUAAGAUGCAAUACUGCACAAAUAUUUCCAAGAAUGCAGCUGAAAGAAUGGCAUCUAAAGUUCAGCAGCAGGAAUACAACUCUAAUGACCCUCCACGUUGGUUUGGCUAUGAUAGGGAAGGAAACCCUCUUACACAGCCUGAUGACAUAACAUCAUCUAAAGGACGCUUAGAAUUAACAGUGGAAAAGUCAACAUACAGCAGUGAAGAGGAAGCAGCGUGACUUUCAGCCUCAAGCAGGAAGAACAAAAAAUCUAGAACUCGGCAAGUUUUCUCCAUUUGUUGCAAGUAUGUGUACUAGCUGAAUCUCAAUAAUAAUGUAAACAAGCAA